UUUCGGUGGGGAGACUUGAGUGACGUCCUGCUUUUGUCCUGACCUUAUUUAAAUCCCAUCAUCGUCUUUUCUUUUGCUCUUCUCCCCCUUCAAGCUACAUAGUGGAUUCCAUCGCUUUAAGGGUUUCUCAUACAUCGACUUUAAACUUAGAAAACGAUCCAACUCUCUAUCAGCAACCCCUCGAUCGACUGUCGCGUGCUCUCUAAUCACACCCUGGGCCUUUGAACAUGUCUGCGGAAGCUAGCUCUGUUAACGGCAAAGCGCCAGUUCGCCCUCAUCACCGUCCAUCUGGCAUCGUCAACGUCCAGCCUGCGCGGUUGUCUGAUCUGCAGCCUAAAUACGCCCAAGUGCUUGAGCAGGACCACCAGAACCCCGAGGCUCAUGGGUGGUAUGCCUCUUUUAAACACAACAUCGGAGAGUGCAUCGGUGCACUGGGUAUCAUUCCCUGCUGUCCUUGUCCAAACCCCUUCCGCUCUGUCCAGCAAGGUGAAGUCGGGUUGGUCUCGAGAUUUGGCCGCUUCGAACGCGCUGUCGACCCCGGUCUCGUUAAGGUCAACCCUAUGAGCGAGCGCCUCAUUACUGUAGAUGUGAAGAUUCAGAUCGUCGAGGUGCCUCGCCAGGUGUGCAUGACCAAGGACAACGUUACUCUCAACCUGACUUCCGUGAUCUACUACCAAAUCGUCUCACCACAUAAGGCUGCAUUUGGUAUUUCCAACAUCCGUCAGGCGCUUGUGGAACGCACCCAGACAACUUUGCGCCACGUACUUGGAGCGCGUGUUUUGCAGGAUGUGAUCGAGCGCCGCGAGGAGAUCGCUCAAUCCACAUCGGAGAUCAUCGAAGAGGUGGCUUCAGGAUGGGGUGUCCAGGUUGAGUCUAUGCUCAUCAAGGACAUUAUCUUCAGUGAUGACCUCCAGGACUCCCUGUCCAUGGCUGCGCAGUCCAAGAGAAUCGGCGAAAGCAAGGUCAUUGCUGCUCGUGCUGAAGUUGAGUCGGCUAAGCUAAUGCGCCAGGCCGCCGACAUCCUGUCUUCUGCUCCUGCUAUGCAGAUCCGAUACCUCGAGGCCAUGCAAGCCAUGGCCAAGACUGCCAACAGCAAGGUCAUCUUCCUUCCCGCUAUGAACCAAAGCAUACAGCAACAGUUGGCAACAGCCGAAAACGCCGGCGAGGGGCCCAGUCGCUACGGCUCCAACCCUCAAGUUAACGAGGGAUUUCAGCGUGCUAUGAAUGCACGUGUGGUGGAGGACAUCUAAAUGCAACAACGCCUGACACGUGCCUUUUUCUGUAUUCUGCUUUCUCUAUUUUGCUUGGAUGAAGAUACCCGUCUGUUUUGAUCAUUGAAUUAAUGUCUGUUAUGAUUCUUGUAUGACUACCCGAGUAGAAGCAACUGCUAGCACCCAGGGAAGGGAGCAUGAGACCAGUGCGCGGUAGAUCUCCAGUGGCUUUACAAUAUCCUUCAAAAUUCCUAUAGUGCUUUGGG